AUGAGUGAAGACUUUCUCCUGUCUCCACUGUUGGUUCUCCCCCAUGUGCUUUCAAAUCCAAUCUCUAUAAUCUCCUUUGUGUCUACUGCAUAUCAGCAACUAUUUUAUCCGCCGAUUGAGAGACAUGACAUCUGGAAAGCGCAAAGCGCCCUGGGCUGCCGGACCACCUUCUGCUCCAAGCAUCCCGAACUUCAGAUGACUCCAGAUCAAUACAUUGAGAACUUGACGCCCGCCCAUGUGAAGACAUUCCUUGACUGGUUCCGGGAGACUCAUCAGGAAAGUGUUAAAGCAGCUUCCAGCCUUGACUGUUACUGGCGGGUUCUGAAAUCACUCUAUGUGGAUAAGCAUGGUUUUGGCAUGGAUGAGGCUAUGCAAAGAGACUGCAGAAAUUAUAAGAACUGUAUUAUCAGGUUGAUGGGGCUCCGCAGACGACCAAAGAGGAAGCCAUCUGGCAACAAGAACAACAUCUACCGCAUUCUCAUUGGCCACUGGACUCGCUGUACGAGAGUCUAUGCUGAUGAGAAACAAUGUCUCUAUGUUGCCACUGGCAUCCUUCUAUCCUACGUCUCCGGGUCCAGGCUGGUCUCACUCUUCGACACUCAGGUCGAGGCGAACGAUGAGAAUGUACGAGAGGGAUGGUCCAAUGGAUCAUCAUCACAGCCGGCAGACACCGGCAAUCUUGGGAUUGCUUUGAAGAAAAAUACAAACACUCUCACUGUCACCAGUCAUCACCGCCAAACAAGGCCCCGAGGCGCCCACGCGAAGGCAGCACCCGAAGUCAGACAUCAAAACCAGCCCAGCAUGCUGAAAAGAAGCAAAAGGCCCCCCAUCAAAGAUGACAGGGAACCCUACAACAUGAAAAGACCAAGGAUCAAUACGUUGCAUAGAACUCGCCGCUCCACACAAGAUGGGAUCACAUGUGAAGACAUUACAUACAAUGCCGAGGACAGUGACCCGGGAGCCUACAGUGACAGUGAUGAUGCUGACUCUGACAUUGGAUAUGCUAGUGAGGACGACAGUUCCAGCAGCGACACAGGCACCUUCGCGGUCAAUGAGCCUGACAGCGGGACUGAUGUUGAUACUGAUACCGAGGCGAUCGCUAGUUUUGUGGAUAGUGGUUAUAACACCGACGACAUCAACGACCUCGAUUGCUAUAUGGACGAACUUGAUUGCUCUACCGGACAAGUUGAUAUUGGUGAACUUAACCACCUUGUCAAAGAAGACAGGAGUAAACUCAAUCACUUUAUUGAAGAUGUGACUGAUGAUGAGUAUGAUGCCAGUGAGGAGAAAACUGCGACCCUUCUCUGGCGACAUAUUGAAUUCCAUAUCAUCCGGAGCCCUGAGGAGGGACGGCCGAACAUUCUCCUGGCAAAGGUUACCCUCCUCCAUACCAAGGGGGAAGAUAAUAAGCCGCGCGUCAAAACCUUUGUCAUAAGCCAUAGUCCUGAGCCAAUACUGGACCUUCUUAGCCACAUUCUCUCCCUGGCGAUCGAUGAUGAGAUCUUUGUGGCGGAUUUCCCGCGGUUUGAAGAUAUCUACUGGUAUCCAAUCCCAUCUCACCUUAAGGGUAUGCAACUGAAGAUCAGGAGAGAUAAACUUGAUCUGCCAGUCUUCCAUGAACCUGAAAAAACAGCGAACAGCUAUCGUACAUUGAAGAAAAAGCCCAUGAAGGCUUCAACAUGGGCCCGCUACCUUAUACAUGUUGGCCUGGUGGCAGCAUUGAAAUAUUAUCUGACUCAAUAUGUCUUUCAACAUUCACUUAUCAACACUAUUAACAACAAGGCACCAUCAUCUGUCCAGGAUCAAGUUGCUGAUCACGAGUCAAACGCAGUCCGGUACUAUCUGGACACCAUCAUUAGGUUUGAUCUCGAGGCCGCCACCAUGGGCCUCCCAUCCAACAAAGUGGUCCAGACUGCAGCUCACAGUCUGCUUUUAACAGCUGACGAGGCUGCACCGACUGAACUUUCUGAUGAGCAAAAGAGUGCUAUCAGGAAUAAUCCCCUAAUUCAAGCCCUGACAAAGAAGAAUCAGCGGCUGACAAAGAGGAUCCUUGCAAUGGGAUUCCCCUCGGUGUCAGCUGCCGAAGGCAAGACUCCGCUAUAUAGGAGGAAGAUGCAUGUGAGCUCGAGGCUGAACAGUGCCAAGGAAUACCUUCGUUCCAAGCUCCUUGAGCAGGCAAGGAAGAGGCACUUCCGCAAUGCCGACACUGACCGAUUUAAUCAGCACAUUUAUUCAGGAGAUGCAGAAUUGUCAACAGUCACGUCUCUGCAGCCGCCACCGCCACCACAUCUCCAGCUCCCAGAACGGCGAGAGAUUGUUAAACUGAUGUGCUCCGGCAUCUUGGAAAUGACAGAGGAGGAGCGCUUCAAGCGCUGGUGUGAAUCCAUUACCAUGAUGGUUCGGCUGCAGCGUCGGAGGGAGGCUCAGCGUCGAGGGCGACACAAGAAGCAGCAGUCCCAGCCAAAACCAAACCCUGCCCCUAUCUCAGUUGUCGUCCAGGUGGAGGGACCUGUCCUGGAGAAGCUCGAUGACAUGCAGUGUCCAUUCUGCGUGUGCGACACCUCUCUUCCCUGGGAGGAACGGAUGAAGGUCUGGGUGGCUAAAAAGGGAGAACGCAAGUACAGGAACAAGCUCUGGAACCAUAUCGAGGUGACCGUCCACCGCGAGGAGCUGGAGGCAUACUCUUCCGGGCAAAAGCUGUGUGGGAUCUGCCGGGAACGGGGAAUCAAGUUUAUCCCUUCAAACAUCAUGGAGUUCAAGAAUCAUACUCUUCGCGUGCAUGGAGUUCCCCUUCGCGGCUAGCUAGAUUUGAUUACCGUCAGUGGCUAAGAUCUUGUUUGAUUUGCCGUUGCUUCGUUGCAUCUUAUCUCAUUAUAUUUACGACCAAAGCAGUUUUCAGUUUUCCAG